AUGAAGAGCAAAGCCAAAGGGACUAUUCUGCCUCUGCGGCAGGCCGAAUUCGACGCCCUGCCGUAUUCAGUCCAGAGAAAGUACUUUUCAUCCCUGGAGCGUUUGCAGAUCGCCCAGCACGCCUCCGACGAGCCUACUACAUCAGGCCGCUCGUCCCAGGCCAGCACCGCUUCCAAAUCCCACCGGCCCUCGCUAUCUCUCGGCACCGGACGACGCAGACGCAAAUCCGAAAAGGCUGUGCACGCUCACGACAUCUCCCACAUUGACCUUGACUUCUUUCUCUCCUUGCCUGAAAAGGUCCGCAAGCAGCAUUUUUCCCGCGAAGAGCAGGCCCUCCUCCAAGGCAGGCACGAACAGGCGUUCCUUCCCGACGACCAGGAUCCCGAGUGGGCACAACAACGCUUCAACGAUUUUCACUUCGACUUCUCCCACUCCACGCUCGACCUUCCGGAACGCGGCCGUUCACGACGUCGUUCAUCUUCGGCCUCUUCGACCGUCAGCCCUUCCCGCCCUACUUUCGGGCCUUCUGGUACAUCAAACACGGACAAGGACCGAAACACCCAUUUACUAUAUCUCGACACAAUGGCCACGCCCAUCUUCCAUCGGAGGGAAACCUCAACAGCAGACAUGAGACGAACUAUGUCCCUCACGUCGCACCCUGUCCGCCUUGGAUCUUCAUACAUGGCGGAUCCUCCACUUUUCAAUGCUCGGCCGAAUCGACUUCACCAGCGUGCCCACUCUUCUUCUCUUACAGGCCACAUUUCGCCAUCUACGCCGCCAACUCUCAUGAUCGACCCCGAAGCGACACACUACCAGGAUCCCGAGGCGAGGAAAAAGCUGCGCAUGUAUCUUGCAUCUCCUCAAAAGUUCGACGAAGCGAUUGAAUUCGGCUUCCCAUCGUCCGCUGGAAGCGACGCCGCUACACCCCACUUCCAGCUGCCACAGAUAGACAAUCAUGCUCGCAAGUUCAGCCGAGACAUGCACACCUUCCUUAGGGAUGGACAGCUGUCGUUCUUCGAAGACCAUCCAAAAGAAAACCAGGGUCUGGAAUCUGAUGCCGGCUCUGUAGCCGACAUGGACUCACCCGCCACGCCCUCCAGCACCGGCCUGUCUUUUCGCAUGCACUCCCGCCAAAUCUCGCACCGCAAGUUCUCGGUUGAUUCGCCGGCUCCGUCGCCUGUCCACUCCGCCAAUGGGCAUUUUAAUCGCGAGAUGACGCUUCGUAUGACCUUGACCCGGCCCGAUUUACGAGCUGACGAAGAUCAAUUGUACGGCUGGCAAGGCUCAGGCUCAAGCUCAAGUCCCAAAACCUCGAAAGACGAUCCUCUGGCACUGGAAGACCUUGUCUUCACUGACGACAUGACCGGUACCAAGGGCGCCUUCUACGUCAAGCCUAAACCGCGCGGAAACCUCGUGAGCCGCCUACUGAAGCGUGCCAGCCUCAAGGCCACCAGUCGCUGA